AUGGAAUCAAAUGGAACGCGCAAAGGGCCGCUGCCUGGAGGUCGCCAGGGCGCGUCUGGAGCUGGCGCUGGACGCGACAGCAUGCGAACCGCCAGCCGAGCGCGAGGUGCUACACGACCACCCAGCAGAUCCUCGCAUCCAUCAUCCCCACCAGCUGGCUUGGUGUCGGCAGGGUCUUCGCGGGCUCAGCAAUCGGCACCCGCCACUGGUGGAGUACGCCGCAUGCGUUGGACAACCCAGAUGAACAGCAACGCAUUGCGGGCGUAUUUUAGGGCGAAAGGGGGAGAAACUGGAGGUUUUGCGUAUCGGGCAAGGAUGCAUCAAUUUUUUGCUGAGCUGGGGCCAUCUGUAACCGUCACCGAGCAAAACCUGGCAGACCGAGUUCGGUAUAUCUUGCGCUCAAAUACAUUUGAUGUCACCGAACUCGAACGGCUACGACGUGAGGCUGUUCCUUCAUCGGGUGAAAAUGCUGCGGCUGAGGAUGCGGCGCCACAACUUGCUGAGCAAACGGCAAAUGUGGAUGCCGCCGUGAAUACGCCAGUUGUGGUUGAUUCAAACGAUGAUGGAACAGUCGCCCAGGAACUGGAACUAGAGCAAAUGAGGAGUACAUUGGAAGAGGCGAUUGUGGAAACGCGCAGUACGACUCUCGAAAAUCGACCGCGACUUCCCCGCUUAGCCCUAAGCAAGCGGAAUCGGGCUGUCGUGAGGGCUCUGAACCCAAUGCUUGUUACCUAUUUGCAAGCCAGCCGGGACCUUUGCGAUACAGACUCAAUUCUUUUUGGCGCCGCACUGGCAGUCUGCCGUAUUAUAGGCGCCAAACUUUCCACGGCUGGACGCGCUACUGGACAAAGUAGUGCUAUCCCAGCCUGGAGAAUAAGAAUUAAAGAACGUAUCGCAAAGGCUAGGGCCCUCAUCGGCAGACUGAUAUGCUUCAGGUCAGGCAAUACCAGGCCAAGGAUUGUGCCCACCGUCAGGAUGGCGUUUGCUGGGACAAAUGUUAGUUUGUCCCAGCCGGAUAUAAUGCAAAAACUGACGGAGCGCAUAGACGACCUGAAGCAAAGAAUAGCUGCUUGGGGAAAGCGGAUUCGGCGAUAUACCGAGAGGUCGACACGGUUCAACCAGAAUCGUCUCUUCCAGAGUGAUCAGAAGAGGCUCUAUGAAUCAUUGGAGCGACCAAUAGUAAGUGGAACGGGCCCUGCACCAAAUCAGGCCGACAUGGUCGCAUUCUGGCGCACCCUGUGGUCAGAGCCCGUAAACCACAACGAGGGCCCUUGGACGGAAGUUGUGGCGAGUCAGUGUGCGAGUAUUACGCCCAUGGACCCCGUCAUCAUAACGCCGGAUGACGUAGCUGAGGCGGUCCGUAGGGCCCCGAACUGGAAAAGUCCGGGGCUUGACGGGCUGCAUCACUACUGGCUGAAGGGGUUCAUGGUGUGUCACUCUGUGCUCGCCCGACAGUUUCAAGAGGCUCUCAACCAGAAGUCGCUCCCAAGCCUCUUCACUACUGGGAUCACUCAUUUGGUUCCUAAAGAUCAGGGUGCCACAGACCCGAGCAAAUACCGCCCCAUCACUGGUGUGAAGCGCUUAUCGCUCGGCAGGAAGUGGCUUGGUUUAUUAUUCGUGUCGUGCAUCAUGCGGCUGCGUGCGCCGGCGCAGUCGUCCGCGCUCCUGGGGAAUUUAAACGUCAGAUACGACACUAACGGGACACCUCGAUAUUAUCUCUCAUUAACGGAGAACCGAACUCGUCAAGAUAUUUCAUAUACAAUUCAAUAG